AACUCUUCUUGAGUGGACUAGUGCAUUGGAGGAACUCAAAAGCAUCCCCUAUGGGGAGAUUUUUGAAAGACUUAAAAUAUGUUUUGAUUCAUUGGAUGACCAUCAGAAGGCCAUUUUUCUCGACAUUGCAUUCUUCUUUAUAGGGAUGGAUGAAGACAAUGCAAUUCAAAUACUAGACAGUUGUGGCUUCCAUACGAAAAUCCAUCUACAUAGUCUUAUCCAAAAGUGCCUCUUAACAAUAAGGGAAAAGAAGCUGAGAAUGCAUGAUCUGCUUCAAGAGAUGGCAAGAGAAAUUGUUCGUAGAGAAAAUCCUGGUGAACCUGGUGAGCGCAGUAGACUGUCCUUUUAUAAAGAUGUUCGUAAGGUUCUGAAAUACCAUGAGGGUACAGACAAAGUCAUAGGCCUUAAGGGGUUCUUCCCGCCAUUAAGGGAGAAGUCAUUUAGUACUGGAGCACUUGCAGGUAUGAAGAAAGUAAGAAUACUCCAACUUAGAAAUGCUGACAUUGUUGGCCGCUGGGAACAAUUUUCUAAAGAAUUAAGAUGGUUGUGUUGGGAAAGAUGUCCUUGGUUAUCUAUACCACCUAGUUUAAAUCUCAAAAAAUUGGUUGUACUGAGGUUGUGCCACAGCAAACUCCAAUAUAUUUGGGAGCAAUCAAAGGUUCUUAAAAAUCUAAAAGUCCUUGAUCUUAGUCAUUCACAUGACUUAGUCAGAACCUCUGACAUCUCAGGUCUUUUAAACAUUGAGAAAUUAAUCUUCAGAGGCUGCAUUAAUCUGAUCGAGUUUUUCAUCCGCCUGAAGCACGCCUCUAAUGUCUGCCAGAUUGGAUUGAAUCAGCAAUGCCCGCCUGAAGCAUGCCGUCAACGCCCGCAUGAAGCAUGCUUCGAUGUGGCGUUCGCUCAGUUGAAAAGCUCACAUGAAAUUUCAACUUCAACGGAUUGCUAUUGCUGGCCGAGAAAAAAAAAAAAGGCAAUCUUUUUCCAUACUUCAACUUCAUUAAUGGCUGCUUCUUUUCCAUCAGACCCUUGUUGGAAUUAUGAUGUAUUCUUGAGCUUCAGAGGUGAAGACGUCCGCAAUAAUUUCCUCGCUCAUCUCUAUUCUGCUUUAAACCAGGUGGGAUUCAGGACUUACAAAGAUGACAGUGAGCUUGCAAGAGGGAGCGACAUUGCCCCUAGCCUGCUAGAAGCCAUCGAGCAUUCCAGAAUUGCAAUUGUCGUGUUCUCCAAAAACUAUGCUGAUUCUAGAUCGUGCCUGGACGAGCUUGUUAAGAUCCUCGACUGCAGGGACAAGUUGGGGCAGAUUGUUCUACCCAUUUUCUUCCAUGUGGAUCCUUCGGACGUCCGCAAACAGAGGGGGAGCUUUGGCAAAGCAUUUACUCGUGCUCAUCACCAGAAGGCUACGGUAGACAAAGUAGAAAAGUGGAAGACUGCUCUUACCAAUGCUGCCAAUCUGGCUGGAUUUGAUCUACAAAGUGUAAACAGGGAUGAGUCCAAGUUGAUCAAGAAAAUUAUUGAAGAUAUUUGGGAAAAAUUGCAUCCCACUUACCUCAGUGAUGUGAACCACCUUUUUGGAAUUGUGUCUCCGGUGGAGAGAAUAAUAUCACUCUUGAGACUUGGCUCCAAAGAUGUUCGUUUCAUAGGAAUCUAUGGAAUGCCUGGAAUAGGAAAGACAACAGUUGCCAAGGUAAUUAGGAAUAGAAUCUUUCCAGAAUUUGAUGGUAACAGCUUGCUUGAAGACGUCCAGCUAGGAUCUAAACAUGGUGGACUGGUUGAGUUACAAAAGAGACUUCUAUAUGACAUCUUGAGAGUCCAAGGCUUGCACCUGAAUAAUAUUGAUGAUGGAAUUGAUAAGAUUAGAGGUCGAUUGAAGUACAAAAAGGUUCUGAUCAUCCUAGAUAAUGUCGACCAUUUGGACCAACUUGCAGCUCUUUCUAAAGAGAGAAGUUGGUUUGGCAUUGGCAGUAGAAUCAUAGUAACAUGUAGAGAUGAACAUUUGCUAAAUGCUCAUGGAGUGGAUGUCAAGUAUGAGGUCCCAAGUUUAUGCUUUCCUUAUGCUGAGCAACUCUUUUCUUGGCAUGCCUUUCGACAACUUUGUCCACCAGAUGAUUAUGCUGACUUUUCUCCUGAGAUCAUGAGAUAUGCUGGAGGACAUCCAUUGGCUCUUAAAGUUCUGGGUUCUUUCUUAUCAGACAAAAAUCUACUUGAGUGGACUAGUGCAUUGGAGGAACUUAAAAGUACUCCCCAUGGAGAGAUUUUUGAAAGACUUAAAAUAUGUUUUGAUUCACUGAAUGAUCAUCAACAGUCCAUUUUUCUCGACAUUGCAUUCUUCUUUGUAGGGAUGGAUGAAGAUGAUACAAUUCAAAUACUAGAUGGUUGUGGCUUCCAUACAAAAAUCCAUCUACGUAGUCUUAUCCAAAAGUGCCUCUUAACAACAAGAGAAAAGAAGCUGAGAAUGCAUGAUCUGCUUCAAGAGAUGGCAAGAGAAAUUGUUCGUAGAGAAAAUCUUAGUGAACCUGGUGAACGCAGCAGGCUGUCUUUUUAUAAGGAUGUUCAUAAGGUGCUGAAAGAUAAAGAGGGUACAAACAAAGUCAUAGGCCUUAAGGGGUUCUUCCCAGAAACAAGGAAGAAACCAUUUGAUACUGAAGCACUUGCACGGAUGAGCAAACUGAGAAUACUCCAACUUAGAAAUGCUAACUUUGUUGGAAAGUUUGAACAUUUUUCUAAAGAGUUAAGAUGGUUGUGUUGGGAAAGAUAUCCUCAGGUAUCUAUACAAUCAAGUUUAAAUCUCAAAAAAUUGGUUGAUCUGAGGUUAAGGAACAGCAAACUCAAAUAUAUUUGGGAUGUAUCUAAGGUUCUUAAAAAUCUGAAAGUCCUUGAUCUCAGUCACUCGCUUGACUUAAUUGGAACCUCAGACAUCUCAGGUCUUUUAAACAUUGAGAAAUUGAUCUUCAAAGGCUGCAUUAAUUUGAUCGAGGUUCAUCAGUCCAUUGGCAAUCUUAGCAAACUCAUUUACCUGGACUUGGAAAACUGCCAGAACCUUGUUCAUCUUCCUACAGAGAUUUGUAAGUUAAGGUUCCUUGAGAAUCUUAACUUGUAUCUCUGCUCAAAACUAGAGGAGUUGCCAGAGGAUUUUGGGAACAUGGAAAGUUUGAAAGAGCUCAAUAUAGGCUGCACUGCCAUCAAGCAUUUACCCAUGUCCAUUGGCCAUCUUAAGAAUCUUACAAAUUUCUUUUGGAACAAUGAGAGAUCUUUGCUUGAAAGUCCAGGUACCUACAAUUUGUCUCCACUAUGGAGUCUGACUUCUGUAAAAGAAUUGAAUCUGUCGUUCUGCAAACUAUCAGAUAACUCAUUUCCCAGAGAUCUCAGUGGCUUAGAAAAUUUGGAGACGUUGCUUCUAAGAGGAAACACUUUUCAUCACUUGCCAAUUUUUCUAUCAAAUUUGCCAAAGUUAAAAAAGCUUGAUGUUUCUAAAUGUGAUCUAUCAGGCAGAUCAGGUCCCUUGGUUGUUGCAAGCCCCUUUUUGCAGGAAUUGAAUUUAAACCAAAACAACUUCUGCAGCCUACCAGUUGAUCUUACUUCCCUUCCUCUUAAAACCAAGGUUUUCCUAGUGCUGUGCAAGAAGCUCAAAGUAAUAGAAUCUGAAUCACACACGAUAUUGAUCACAUACCAUUGCAAAUCUUUGGAGAAAGUAACAUUCAAAGGAGGGCUCAGUAACAGAAGUCUUAGAUCAAUUUUUCCUAGGUUUGAUGAAUUAACUUCGAUUCCGUACUGGUCCUAUCUGAAACCUUUAACUGGCAAGCAACUUGCUAAGUUAGAGCACUUGUUGGGAUUGAAGGCUUCACUAAAGAAGUGGUCGCAUUUUUUCAAAGACUUCAUACUUACUCGGAGUAAGGAUCGUCCCAUUCAGGGUUUUUCUGAUUAUAUGGAGCCGAUUUAUAACAUUUUUCUUCCCAAAGGAACGAUGCCCUAUGGGUUUAAUUACAAGCAUAAUGUUGCAUGGACAACUGUAGAUGUGCCUCAAGUUUCAAGUGGAAGUUUCCAAGGGCUUGCAGUAUGUGUUUUUUAUCAUAUUAGUAAUCCUCUUCGUUUAGCUUUUGCUGUAACAAUAGAGGAUAAGGAUUUUUCUCAUCACUACCAUGCCAACCUUUACGGGCCCUUUGGGGGCUUUGAUGAAGAUGAAUUCAUGUGGAUCAGCUGCUGGAGAACACCAGGUUUGGUGAAUGAGUGCAAGAGAUUCAGUAUUAAAGUAGAAAUUAACGUUACUGACGGAUCUGUCAGAUCCCAUUUCUGGAUUGUGGAUGGGAUCGGUAUCCGCCUCUUAUCUGAAAAGGAGCUAGACCUAGUCACAGAUAUCUGGAGAAAAUCCACCUGGAUUGGUGAUAUGGAGCCAAGUGCUGACCCUGUGUUUUUGAACAGCAUCAGAUGGAGGAACUCAAGCGAGGGAUGGGGAUGGGAGGAGUCAACAAUACGACGUCGUUUCACUUUGACUGAGUGAAAAGGCUAGAAGGCCAAGUCAUCGCCACCCUCUCUCCUAAUUUCCUUAAAUUCUUCCUGGCUUAAUCCCAACCUACUUCUGUUUGAAUAGAUGACAGCAUCAAAUAAAGAGAUUUCAAAUCA